CAAAAAAUUGCGAAAUAUUUUUAAUCUUAUUUAAAAAAUAAUAAUUAAAGUAGAUAUACAAGUCAUUCGAUCUUAGAAGAAGCUAUUUAGGAAUAUAAUUCCAAUAAUAAUAGUGUCAUCAUCAUGUUCAGAUUAUUCUCCAAAGAAAUAUAUCUAACAUCAUUAUCGAAUGCUCGACCUAAAAAUGGAUGAUACGACAGGUGAAGGGUCCCCUUAUUCUCGUUAUUCCAAUGGAUAUUAUUCUUCGUCCUCCGACAAAAAUUAUCCCUUAGACAACUAUAAAAUUCAUAAAUUAACGCCACCCUUAUCACCGAUGGGUAUGUUUAGCGAUAGCGGAUUCUACGAUUAUAAUCAUCUUCCCAAAUGCCAAAACGAGCCUUUGAGAGAUAAAAAUCUUGCGACAACAAUUAACCCUGUCAAAGUCGACAAUAUAAACUGCAUUGAUGAAGAGUUCGUGAGGUUGAAUAUAAGCCGAAACCCCUUCGAUUCUAUUAGCUCGGGAUUACUAAAUCCGUUGCGUGAUAAUCAGCAGGAACUCUAUGCACAAUUGCGGAGACCAGCUGAUAGACUUAAGGUUGUUAAACCGAGCCCACUGUUUAAAUCUAAUUAUGGUAAUUAUGCGUUGACGUCUAGAUACGCCGAGAGCCAAUCAAAUAAAUCGAUGAAGGAUUUUUCGAAUGUCCAAAUUACUGACAUGGACAAAAUGGAGGAAGGGGCAGAAAAAACGUUGCUUUCCGCUAUAAUAAAAUCCGAGAACGCCGAAUAUUCAAACUGCGACAAGAACGCUCGAUGCAAACUUUUCGGCUUCGAAAGAGCCUCCAUGGGUGAAAAUAUUCAAAAGAGGGGUUUAGAGAGAGAUAACUGUGUCACCACGAUGGCUGGCUUUAUCGCCCCUCCUACCCUUACCACAUUUUCGACCAAAGCACCCCAAAUUAAGGCUCACCCAGCCUCUACAAAUAGCUAUCAGCCAUUUCCAGCGAUGAACAAAUCGAUGAAUUCGAAAGAAUGUUUUGUGAAGAAAUCGGAUAAAUUCCCUGCCAUAAAUUUUCCGGAUAUGGAUCGAUUCAGCGAUAAGGAUUUCGAGGUAGCUUCCUUCCUGUCAGAAAGACCACCCCCACCUAAUCCUUGCGGAAAUCUGAUAAACAGGGGUAAUACUUUUAACAAUAUAACCAAACGCGAAGAAGACCGACUAAGGGUAUUUUAUUCGGGAAGAGGCACAAAACUUUUGCACGUGGGUUGCAGCCGAUGCGAUUUCUUGACCUUCAAAAGCGAUACAUGUAACUCGUUGGUAAAUAAUGUUAAUCAUAACCGUGCCUCAACUUUCAAAUCUAACAAAGCAGAAACGGCCCAUGAUUUCCCGGUGAAUGAGAAUAACGUUGAAACGAAGGGAAAUUGGGUCUACAAAUUCAGCGGAAUACCUCUUCUCAUACUAACCAGUUCCAACGAUGGUUCUAGAAAGAUAAAAACGUUUCCCAAAAUGACUAAAAACCCUGUGAGGAACGUUACAAAAUACUUUAAAGACGAUACUUUAUUUAAAAACGAAAUUCUGGCCGACAAGAAAAUCCGCUUUCUAGAUUGUCACUCAACUACGCAAAUUUUGCCGAAUCCCCAUUUCGAUUCCCUGACCAAAGACGGACCCCUCAAACUGCUUUAUACAUCGCCGAUCUCGCGAAAUUUUCCUUCCAAGCUUUCCCUCGUCAUAGCCGAACCCGAAACUGCUUUCCAAUUAUGGAAAGCGGAUAUAAUAGAUUUUCAUACUGACUGCGCCAAGAAAUACCUGCGCCUAAUUCCUCGGUCUGGUUUGAGCCGUUACGAAAUUUCGAAGCGAAUCGAUGGCUGCCCUAACAAGAAGGGAGCGAUUUACAACUAUAACAACAAUAAUAAUAAUAGGGGAGAAAAUACAUUUCACCUUAUUUCGAGAACAGCUGAUCCUGGCAACACUGGCAACAACAAAACCGAUCGAAUAGCGUUGGCGUUUGCGGAUCCCUUCGAGUCCGCUAAUUUGGCUCAAACUUUGCAGAAUUUUGUGAAAGAACGAGCGAUCGAAAUGGAUAAAUAUUCGGUCACUCGUAAAUCGAUCGAUCCCGCCUCGAGGAUCAUCAACAAUGGAGACGUGGCAUCAUUCGAUACGAAACCGGUGGCGUCGAAUCAGAGCUUUAAACGCGUCAAUAGUUGCCGAGAAAAGGGUAAUAAAAUUUCGUAUUCGCGUAAAAACAGUGCCUUGGAUUCCGCUGAUAUCACCUCAACAACCAAGGAAAAUGUCAGGGGCCGUUCUAACAAGGCUCUUUCUUUGGACAAUAUUCACAAGAUACAUCCUCAGGGUAUGGUAGGUAAUAUUAAAAAUCUAAACUCCAAGAAAAGAAAUUCGGUGUUCUCUAAUUCCUAUAUCGAUUCGUCCUUCGUCAAAAGACAAAAUUCUUUAAAGCUCAAAAAGGUGAAAAACGAUAAAAAUAAUUUGGUCGGACUUUCCAAAUCCUGCAUAUCAUCACCAUGCCAGUUCCAGCAUAUGACCAAGAUAAAUCUCGAAGAUUUUUCCAAAUAUUAUUCGCUCACUCAUUUAGUCCGAUUGUCCAAUAACGGAUAUUGUUGAUAAUGUUCACCUUUUUUUUUUACCUACGAAAAUUAAAUUGCUCCUUCAAUCAAAUAAAAUUUGUUUUCAUUGUUAAUUAUUUUUAAAAUAAAUUUUACUAUUAUUAUUAAUAAUAUAAGUAAUUAUUACCAAUUUACUA